ACCAUAAUGUGUGUGGCCAAUAUUAUAAUAUUAUUGUUGUUUGGGUAACUCAAAAUCAAUUCGCUUUCGCUCCAAGUUACAAAGUCAAUGUCCCUACUGUGGCGAUGGCGAGUGGUGAGGGGCUCGCCGCCAGCUCAGUCCAUCGCCAGCAAUGCGCGUGCUCGCCGCCAUUCUCACACUCGCGUGCGCGUGCCACUUGCACGCACUACAACCUCCUUUAUUGCCACGCUUUAUAAACUCCAUAAUUGGUGGCAAUCACCAUGUUCAACAGAUCUUUAGCUGUGCGCAACAACUUGGACCGAUAAAAUGUCUUAAUGCAUUUAGCGCAUGGCGUGCGCAUCGCGCUCUGGAAACUCUGACGCAAAAGCGAAAUGCCCAGUUCAAUUUGAUUGCAGAUAUAGACAAGUUUUCCUGGAAACAAUACGGUAAUGUUUCCGAUGAACAGUUAUAUUCCCAAUUGUGUGAUGGAGCAGAAAGAUUGUUGCAAAAGCGCUCGUUGCAACUGUCAGUGCCAGGGUACCUGUUUAAAUUGGAAUCUAAAGGAAAUGGGACUCUUAACGUUGAUAUGCUACAAAAUGCGGAUAAAGAGAUCGAAGCAGGUCGAGGCAGCAAGAAAAAGUUCACAAAGAUGUUCUACAAAAUCGUGCCUUUCUUAGUACUACCCGGCCUUCUAAUGUCCGCUGUAUUGCCGUUCAUCUUGCCAGCUUUGAAAAUGAUGACGAUCGGAGCGGGCAUGCUAAACAACAUGGCCCUUACAGGCGCCGUGUUUACACUCCUCAGAAACAACGCUUUUAACGAUAAAUAUGAGCAUAAGGUUUUAUAUGUUAAUGCUGGGUAUAAAAAUGAAAAGCAUGCACCUUUACAUUUCACGGAAGGGCACCCUACGAAUGUACAAUAUGAUAUAGCAUACGCGAAAUCUCAUAAAGAUGAACGCCAUGAAAAUAAUGAAUAUUCUAUUGAUGAGAAUGUUGAGACCAUUGAAGAGGUGCCUAUAAAUCCUAAUUGGAUAAACAAAUACAGUGGAAAUAAAUAUUAUAAGGUAAUAGAGCACAAAGUAGAACAAAAAAUUGGGUGACAAUGACAUCAUUCGGCGUAAAAACUUGCCAAAGUAUUAAUUACCUAUUUAUUAGUUGUGCUAGUCUUUUGCUUAAUGUUUGAUAGUAUGAUGCUCUACGGCAAUGAUGUGUAUUUACUGUAUAAAUUUAAAUUGUAUGUAAGACCUUAUAAGAGAAAAAAAAAUAUUUUAAUAAUAAUAAAGUUAUUUUCUGUAGCCAAAGUAUAUUACAUUUCAAAUAUUUUAAUGAAAUAAUAGAUAUACAUAGUAAUUAUACUGUGGAACCUCAUACUUUGAAAAUACUUUAGGCUAUAAGUAAAUAACGAAAUAAAUAUUAAGGUUAUAGCUUAAGGUCCAUUUUUCAUAUAUUUUGUUUCACCUUUAAUCUGGGUAACUGGGUAAAUUUAA